AUGGAAGGCGCCGGCGGAGGAGGGAGUGGAGGGGGCAGCGGGGUCUCUUACCAGCGCUUCCCCCGGGUGCGGAUCAGGGAGAUGAAGGAUGAAUACAUGAAGUUCGAGCUGCGGGACACCGACGCCAGCAUGGCGAACGCCCUCCGUCGGGUUAUGCUGUCGGAGGUGCCCACCAUCGCCAUUGAUCUGGUGGAGAUCGAGGUCAACUCCUCAGUGCUCAACGACGAGUUUAUUGCUCACCGUCUGGGCCUGAUCCCGCUCUGCUCGGAGCGCGCCAUGGAGAUGCGUUUCUCCCGCGACUGUGACGCCUGCGACGGCGACGGCGAGUGCCCUUACUGCUCCAUAGAGUUCCAGCUCAACGUCCGUUGCGACUCUGAUCAGACUCUCGAUGUGACCAGCGCCGACCUCCACUGUCACGACCACAGGUUCCUUCCCGUCGAUGUCGCACAGCGCGCCCUGGCUGCUGAAGCUGCUGGUGGAUACGACGCCCCUGAGCAGAGGUGGUGGCGUUUUGUCGAUCCUCCCUCGCACCUUCUCUUGCAUCCAGCUUAUAAUUUGCCAUCGCUACGAGUCUCCUGACGCUUUGAAUCAGAUUUAUUAUCUGUGAUCCGCCUCCCUCCAUUUCCUCAAUGGUCUGGUCGCCAUGUCUGAUCUGAAUGCCAUCUCGAUUUGUACAUCAUUCAUACUACGAUGAUUGUUUCUGUGAUCGGCCUUGUGUUGGUGUUGCUUUAAUUAUUAUGUUUUCCUGACAACAGGGGCAUAAUUAUUGUUAAGCUACGGCGUGGGCAAGAACUAAGGCUUAGAGCCAUAGCAAGAAAGGGGAUCGGCAAGGACCAUGCAAAAUGGUCUCCUGGUGCAACCGUUACCUUUAUGUAUGAACCAGAAAUUCAUAUCAACGAGGAACUGAUGGAGACUCUGACUCACAAUGAGAAACUGAGCUGGAUUGAAAGUAGCCCUACGAAAGUGUUUGAUCUUGAUCCGAAAACCGACCAGGUAAGUGCCCUCAUCGUUCGGUCAAGGAGUCUAAAUUAAACAGGAAUAAUCCCACUUGCAUUCAGAUAGUCCCACAUCUGCUGAUGGGAAAAGUAAGAUUGUGAGUAAAAAAUAUGUGGGCCUGCUCCGCUCAUUAGAAAUUGGCUUUGAAAUGGAUGACCUGAUUCUUUCUGUGUUCAUGCAUUGGAGAGGGGUGCGAGACACCCUUGACUUGAAUUGAUUGUUACCUGCUAAGCUAUCAGACUUGUAAAAAAUGUCCAUUUCCACCGCAUUGAACUGUGCCUGUAUCGCCAGUACUCCCUCCUAGAAACCCAUUUACUGCUUCCAGAGAUAAAAAGCUAUCAUCUCCAGCAAUCACCAAGACUCUAUGCUUCUGAUUUCAUGGUCCCCUCGUAGGUGAUUGUGGCCGACCCUGAAGCCUACACCUACGAUGAAGAGGUCAUCAAGAAAGCAGAAGCCAUCGGAAAGCCAGGGCUUGUUGAGAUCUACGCCAGAGAAGACAGCUUUAUUUUCACAGUUGAAUCCACCGGGGCCAUCCCCGCUUACCAAAUGGUGAUGAACGCCAUAGAAGUCCUGAAGCAGAAGCUGGAUGCAGUCCGCCUCUCUGACGAUAUCCAAGACAAUGACGACCAGUUUGGCGACUUGACCCGGAAUAUCCAAGGGGCAGCCCUUUGA